UAGAAACUCAUACAUUCUGCCGUUCUAUCUCUGUCUCGCUUCUCCUGGAAUUUCUUUUUACAGAGACAAAAACCGACACCAUGGCUGGUUUCUACAUGCAGUAUCUGGAGAGUCUUUGCCGGCGGCGUGGAUGGCACGAUCCCUCCUACGAGUGUUAUCGUGAUGGCAGUGGCUUUACCUGCUUGGUUCUCGUCAACGGCCGCGAAUAUCAAACAGAUAUCCCAUAUCAAACACAUGGACUUGCUCAGGAAAACGCGGCCAUGCGUGCGUUUAUGGUUUGCCGAAAUUUCUCGGUCAAUGGAGGGAUGCUGGCUCGCAACGGAAUCGUCCAAGGGUUGCCGGCAGACGAGGCCAAGCACAAGUCCAGACGGAGCAGCCGUCCUCAAACGUCUUCUCACUAUACGCAUGGACACCGCACUCGGCAUUCCGGAGAUGAAUCAAGCAGCAGCUCGACUGCUUCGGUGGAAUAAGGGCUGUGGAGCUGCCACACCUUGGCAGAAGGCAACACAAUCCCUUGGAAAGGCGUGGAUUCCUUCUCGAUCAGCGGAUUCGGAUUUUCUUGUUUUCUUCUAUACUUCUUCACGCUUCACAGCAACACGGUGAUAAGACCCGGGAUUUAUACCCUUAGGUGACGAUCAAUCGACGACUCGGAAAAGGACGAACGAAUAGCAUCACCACUGGUUUCUACACGCACAAAAGCUGCAUCGGCAAAAUUCAUGACUGGACGACCUACGGAAUAUAGAUUACAGGGAUCUGAUGCGUUGUCACGAUUCUACUUCAUUCCCUUAUUUUGGAUCCUCCGGGUUUUCCUCGUCUUUGACGGGUUUUCGGUUGUUUUGGAAGCCUCACUGGGCCUCAAAAAAGCUUCGUCCGUAUUAUUGAAGUACAGCCGUACUUGGAUUGGAAGUCCCUGAUCCAGCCUGAUCCAGCUGAUAAGGGAAUGUCCUUUCUCAAUGCUUUAUGCGGACUUUGGACAGCUUCAUAUGUGUCUAAGACCGCUUUCACCUUGGCUUGAUCGAACCUUGAGUUCGAAAUACCGAGGCAAGACACUUCCAUAUGGCCACUCCUUUUUGGUUUGGGACACAUGUCAUUGUUAUUGCAGCUGUCUUAAAAGGCAGUCCAUUCAUUCCGCCUGAACUGGAUAGGUUUCGCACCUUCACGAGACAUUGGAGCGGUAUGUCCACGCGUAGGCC